AUGUCACUUUUAACUAUCCCUAAAAAGAUUAGAAACUUCUUAUGGGGUGAACCUCCACAAGACCCAAAAGAGGCUAAACUCCUCUUCAAAAUUGAUUGCUUUGUGCUGACUUUUGUCUGUUUCAACUAUUGGGUUAAUUAUUUAGAUCGUUCAAAUUUAGCAAAUGCUUAUGUUAGUGGGAUGCAAGAAGAUUUGAAAAUGCAUGGAAAUGAGUAUAAUAUUGUGAAUACCGUCUUCACGGUAGGUUACAUUGUUGGUAUGAUUCCAAACAAUUUAAUAUUGUUGAAGGUUCAACCAAGAUAUUGGUUAACUUUUUGUUUAUUAUCAUGGGGGUUGUUGACUUUAGGUUUAUAUAAAGUGAAAAACUAUAAAGAAAUUUGUGUUAUUAGGUUCUUCCAAGCAUUAUUUGAAAGUUCAACAUUUUCUGGCUCCCAUUUGAUUUUGGGGUCUUGGUAUAAUUCUCAAGAUACUAUUGAUCCAAUAACUGGGAAAAUCAAAUCUUCAGAAUUAACUAAAAGAAGUGCCAUUUUCACAAGUUCUGGGUUAUUAGGUUCAUUAUUCAGUUCUUUUAUGCAAUCUGCUAUACAUACAAACAUGGAUGGUUUUAGAGGUUUAGCGGGUUGGCGUUGGUUAUUCAUUAUUGAUUUCAUCAUAACCAUGCCUGUUAUGAUUUUUGGAUUUAUCUUUUUCCCAGAUACUCCAGAUACUUGUAAGGCUUUUUAUUUUUCAAAAGAAGAGAUUGAGUUGGCAAAAUUACGUGUUCAUAAACCUCAUAUUGAAACAAAAUUUGGUUGGUCAGUUUUCAAAAGGGUCUUGGGAAGAUGGCAUUGGUAUUUAUUCAGUUUAUUAUGGGUAUUUGGUGGUGAAAAUGAAUCUUUUUGUACAAAUACUUUAUUUGCCCUUUGGUUAAAAUAUUUUGGUUAUUCGAUCCCUGAUAGAAAUCAUUUCCCAAUGGGUAUUUAUGGCGUGGGGAUAAUUUCAACUUUUGCUUCUGCCUUAUAUGUUGAUCAUACUGGUGGGAAAUAUCAUUGGCAUAUUGGUAUUUUCAUUUCAAUAGUGUUGAUUAUCUCUUCAAUCAUGAUUUUGGCAAACCCUCAUUCAGAUGCUGUUAUGUUUGUUGCUCAAUACAUUGCAGGCGUCUCUUAUAGUGGUCAAGCAACUUUUUUUGCAUGGGCUAAUUUAGUUUGUCAGAAUGAUUUACAAGAACGUGCUAUAGUUUUAGCCUCAAUGAAUAUGUUUAGUGGUGCUGUUAAUGCUUGGUGGUCUUUAUUAUUCUAUGCGGCAACUACUGUACCUAGUUUUAAAAAAGGUUGUUAUGCAAUGAUUGCAACAACCAUUGUUACUGGAUUUAUCUGUGGUGUUAUUAGAUUCUUACAGAAAAGGGAAUUACAAAGGGAAUUGUUGAAUUUAAAUGUUCGAAAUUCUUCUGAUCUUGAAAAUAUGGCUUCUUUUGAAGGUUCUGAGCCUAAAAAAAUGGCUCUUGAUCAAAAUAAUUUGACAAUCAAAGAGAUCCCUUCGAAAAGCUCUCAUUGA